AUGGCGCUUGAGCUCCUGCUCAUAAACACCGAAACCACGCAUUCUACAGCGGUUUACCGACUUACCAAAGGCCACCUACUGCUCCGGGCUACAAUUAGGAAACACCCCAAGAAAUCUCGGGGGCUCAGCGAGGGGCAGACCCGGGAUAUCGGGCAGCUCCUAUCCCAGCCGAGUAGGCACAAAAUGGCGGACAUCCUCUGUGCCUCCACCUUGGACUCACUAUCCGCUUCGGAAGAGGAGGACCGAGAGCUGGAGGAGGCACGACGGCCAGUACCAGUCCCGGCCACAAAAGUAGACCUGAGUUUCAUGGUCACGGAGCUCAAGACCUUCUUUGCAUCUGAAAUGACAGUCCUGAAAGAGGAUCUGAGCGCUCUGACAGGACGCAUCAGGGCCGCGAUAGAUAUACACGACCUGAUGGUCAAGCAAGACUCAACCACUACGCAACUACAAGAGGUACAUCUCACAUAUGCACAACUAAGUGCAAAGAUGGUGCACCUCGAAGAUACAGUGAGACAACGCAACCUGAAGGUUAGAGGGGUCCCUGACACCAUUGACUCAGCGAAAUUGCCACAGUUCAUGAGGAGACUGAUCUCCGCAGCUCUGCCACCUAAGCAGGUCAAAAGCCUAAUCCUAGAUGGAAUGUACCAUCUGCCGGGCCAACCUCACAACAAAUCCCCCAUAUCUAGGGAUGUCAUCAUGAGAUUCAGGUUCAGAGGAGAUACGGAAGCAUUCCAAAAAGCAACCAGGGAUUAAACGCCUUUUAUUUUUGAGGAAUACUCUUUGUUUCUUCCAGGAAACUGCAAUAGCGGGUCGCCUUAAAUGA